ACCAGGAAGUAACUUGUCAUUUCAGAGAAAACAAAACUGAUCUCUCUCUCUCUCUCUCGUUGCGAUUUCAGGAAAAUGGCCGAGGCCAGUAUUUCAGUAGCUCAGGACCAGUUUAUGUGUCCAGUGUGUCUGGAUCUCCUGAAGGAUCCGGUGACUAUCCCCUGUGGUCACAGUUUCUGUAAGGUGUGUAUUAAUGGCUGCUGGGAUCAGGAGGAUCAGAAGGGCGUCUACAGCUGUCCUCAGUGCAGAGACACUUUCACGACAAGGCCUGUUCUACGCAGAAACAACAUGCUGGAUGAAGUGGUGGAGAAACUGAAGAAGACUGAAGUCCAAGCUGCUUCUCCUGCUCACUGUUACGCUGGACCUGGAGAUGUGGAGUGUGAUUUCUGCACCGGAAGAAAACACAAAGCCGUCAAGUCCUGUCUGAUGUGUUUGACUUCAUUUUGUGAAAUUCAUCUGAAACCUCAUCUUGAACGUCCUGCUUUGAAAAAACACACAUUAAUUGAAGCCUCAGCAAAACUCCAAGAGAAGAUCUGCUCUGAACAUGGUGAAGUGCUGAAGAUCUACUGUCGUACUGAUCAAACCUGCGUCUGUUAUUUGUGCACGUUGGAGAAACACAAAGACCAUGACGCUGUUUCAGUUGCAACAGAAAGAGCUGAGAAACAGGUUUUAGCUUCUGGACAACUCUUUCCAUCUUUUACACAAACUCAUGUUUCUAUUUUUCUCUCCACAGCUGCAGCAGUUCAGAUCAUUUCAGAACCAGAACCACAGAGCAGAGAAGAGUUUCUGAAAUAUUUCUGUUAUCUGACUCUGGAUCCCAACACGGCACAUCGUCUCCUCAUUCUGUCUGAGAAGAACAGAGCGCUGAGAGUCAGUGAGAGAGAGCAGCGUUACUCUGAUCAUCCAGAGAGAUUUGAUUACUGCAGGCAGGUGUUGUGUAAGGAGAGAGUGUGUGGACGCUGUUACUGGGAGGUGGAGUGGAGCGGUGCUGCUGGUGAUGUGUCCAUAUCAGUCUCAUAUAAAGACAUCAGCAGGAAAGGAGAGGGUAAUGAGUGUGGGUUUGGAUACAACAGUCAGUCCUGGAGUCUGUGGUGUUCUUCUUCUUCUCUCUCUUUCUAUCACAACAGCAUUAAGACUGAUCUCGGAGUUCCAUCCCCCUCCAGAAUAGGAGUGUAUGUGGAUCACAGUGCAGGAACUCUGUCCUUCUACAGCGUCUCUGUAGUUUUUAGUGCUUGUAGUAAGACACGGUCCUGCUGUAAAUCCUCUUGUGUGUCUUUUAGUGAAGAUACAGAAUUGAUGUUGAAAGGCUGUGUGUGUUUCAGUGAUGUGGUGCUACUCUGUAAAACUGAGACUCCAAAUAACAACUUGAUUGUAUUCACAUAUUAUAGAAUUAUAUCUGGAGUUCUGAUUUUAAAAUGUGAUUUCACCGCAUACACUUCAUGGACAGAAAGAAAGGACAAAAUGGGAAAAGAACAUAAAUGACAUGCAUGAUACUUUCUAUUGAAGUACAGAAAUCGAUCUCUGGCCACAUUUACCAUUUAGCAUUCAUGUGUAGGCGACAAUAAAAUCAAAUUUACUU